AUGCAGAGCAGGUGGCAAGACGUGGCGCGCUCCUACUCCGAGAACGAGAAGGUCCGCGAAACCCAGAUAACCUGGGCUGGGGAUACCUUGCUGCACUUGGCCGUAUCGAGCGGCAAAGAGAGCAACGUGAAGCUUCUCGUGGGCUGCCUGAGAAAGGCAGAGAACGAGCAACGUAUACGGAAGAUUCUGGCAAUCCAGAACGAUACGGGUGACACGGCGCUCCACAUCGCCGCCGCUCUUGGGAUGGUGGACGUGUGCUUGGCCAUGGCUAGGUUGUACCCCGAAAUGGUGGUCGAGAUUCGCGAGGGAUGGAAAGAGACCCCCCUCUUCACGGCUGUGCGCCACGGCCAGAAGAAAGCCUUCUUCGCCCUGCGGUAUGUUGUGGGCGAGACCGCUGGUGCCAGGGGGGAAGGUGGCGACACCAUCCUCCACAAUGCCAUUUUCGCGGAGCAUUUUGGUAAGUACUGCUUAAUGGUUGAUUAG